AUGAGCACAAAGACCUCCAUAGUCGCUAACUACCCCUGGCCCUCCGAAGAGGCCCUCUGUCACCAGGUGAAUGGCAGUUUGGUGGAGAAACUGUAUGCUUUUAUUGCUAACUCAUCAAAACGGCAUGCUGCUUUCAUGGAGAUCCAGAAAGCAAUGUAUCCAGAAGACCGCCUACUUGAACUUAAGAAGCUAUCAGACACAAGAUGGGCUUGCAGAGAGUCAGCUCUAAGAACCAUCAGGAAGGUCAUCCCAGCUCUGAAGCAAUUUUUAGAAGAGAUAAAAGACUUUGAUUUGGCUACCUCCUACAGAAUUGUGGAUGGAGUGCUACAAAGUUUGAGAGAAUUAAGAAACGAUGAGAAGUUUCUGGAGAUUUUUACAAAUGUUAAAGAGAGAGCUGAAUCCAUGGCCAUCGACCUCCCCUCUGGGAUGCCUGGACAAGGUAGAAGAAGAAAAAUGCCUGAAAGAUACAAGUAUAGUGCUACAUCUGCUACUGAGGACCAGCAAUAUCAGUCCUUGGAUGAGUACUACCGUGUGAGAGUAUUUUAUGUGUUUUUAGAUACAAUAUCACAAGAGCUACAAAGAAGAUUUAAAGGUGGAGACAACACAACAUGGGGUAUCCUAAAUGCCUUUCAUUGUAUGACAGUCCAAGAUAACUGGAAAGAACCUGUGAAUGAAGAGGCAUUCAAGUCAUUGCAAAAAUUAUGCCAGUUUUAUGAGUUAGAAGAAGUAGACAAGCUACGGUUGGAAUUAAAGAUCUUCUAUUCCUCAUUUCCUUGCCUGCCACAGAACACUGCAGCUACAAUGCUCAACCUGAUGAAAGAAAACAAUGUCCAGGAGAUAUUGCCACUUAUGCUUGAACUCUUAACAAUUUAUGCCACUCUACCCGUCAUAACUGCAACAGUGGAAAGGACCUUCUCCAAACUCAAGCUGGUGAAGACAAAGCUAAGCUGCCUGUCCAGUGAGGAGAGGUUAGAAUCUGAUCUUUUGUUGCUAGCAGUUGAAAAGGAUAUCACAAUCAACAACAGUGAAGUUAUCAGCAUAUUCAAAGAAAUGGCACACAGAAGGGUUUUCUUAUAA